AUGCGCUGGAAAUUGAUCAGAGCCCCCUCUCUUACCAGGAAGACAGAAGUUCCCAUCGUGGAAGACGAGCUAUAUCAGUACCAACGCUAUCGAUGGCUGUCUAAGCUGGCCGCGCGAUAUCGCAAGUUCCGGCUGCCGGCACUGAUCGAUGCCGCCAGCGAAGUAGCCGGUAGUGAUGCUUCCAACUGUACCAAGGUUCUCAAAUGCAUCGAAGGGCAAUACAACAAGGCCUUGAUCCUGUCGAUGGACAAUGGUCAGGAAGUGGUGGCCCGGCUACCCAAUCCCAACGCCGGACCGAAAUUCUACACUACCGCAUCGGAGGUGGCCACGCGUCAGUUUCUCCGAGAUCAUCUCGCUAUCGCCGUCCUUCGAAUCUACGCGUGGCCUGCAGAUGAGACAAAUCCAGUUGGGGCCGAGUACAUUCUGGAGGAGAAAGCGGCUGGGCAACCGUUAGGGUUGCUGUGGAGCAAUCGGCCGCUUCUGUCUCUUACUUUCCCACGGCAUGGGUGCAUAUACUUCCAGUCGGACCUCGAGUCACGACCAGAACAUCCCGGUUCCGUUCCAACACAGAGCCCAGACGGUGGAAGUUGGCCCGCAUUUGCCCUCGGUCCGCUGACCCAUCCACGGUACUGGCACGGCCAAAUGGGAAGAGUGCCGAUGAACCUCCACAGGGGGCCAUUCAAAAACAUGGUGGAGUAUGGCGGAGCCGUCGCACAGAAUGAGAUCCGAUGGGCGCAGGCGCACGCACAACCGAGAAUGAACCUCGUGCCCUACCUGCUCCAGGAACCUCAUGGUCAUGAAUCCCCAAACCAGCUGUCGCAUCCUGAUCUACACCUGGGCAACAUCUUCGUGGACCCAGCAACCAACAACAUCACAGCCGUGAUCGACUGGCAGCAUGCGGCCGCUUCGCCAGUUGAUCAACAUCCGCUGAUUCCGCAGAUACUGGAGCCAACGACAGGCGAAGGCGACGACUCACUCCGACAGUUUUACCUCGUCAAACUCAAAAGUCUGAAUCCCAGGCGAUGGGAGGCGCUUACUGGACCGGGUCACAAACUCAGAAUCAAACCUACCCGGCUGGUGCCGGCUUGCUGGCAGCGCGAUGACCUGUUCUCCCUCCGCCACUCACUCAUCGCAGUAGUCGCUCGUUGGGACGAUAUAUGCACCAGUUCAAUCAAAUGUCCGGUCGAUUUCACUAUUCGAGAGCUCCAGCAACAUGACGAAGAGAUGGAGCUUGUCGAGGGUGUUUCAUUGGUCUUGCGCCAGAUUCAAGAACAAGGGCUUCUCCCUCUGGGCGGCAUGGUUCUGUGCGACCGGUAUGAAGACGCUCAGAGAUUGAGCCAGCAUUUCCGGAAUCAGUUCAUCGCAUUGGGGGAGGAUGCGAAACAGAGGCAGGUACUCGCCAAGAUCUGGCCCUAUUCGUGAUUUUCUAGGCUGGGUUUUUUGACGAAGAAAAAAAAGAAAGAAGCAAAAAGAAACAAUAACAACAACGCCCCAUUUCCAACCAACUACCCCGGAAGUAGAUGAAAUGGAUCCCAGUACACCUGGCACAUAAACCCACCAGAACCCGAAUUCCUCAUCAAGAUGACCACCCCAUCCCAUCCACUAAGGUAGACAACCGAAAGACCUAAAACGGCCAGACCGCCCCCAUCUCCUCCCCCUCCACCACCACCGGUCUCGCCUGCACC